GGAAGAACAACUUCACCGUUCACUUUCGUUUACACGCCUAGCAGAUCUGAAUGAGUGAAUCUGCUAUAAAAACAAUGUCGGUGACUGUUGUAAUAUUGAGCAUUUCACAGUUUAGAACUGAUUGAGAUUCUAGAACGUCUGGCUGAUUGUGACGCGGUUAAUCUGUGUUUAUUAUUUGAACUGCGCGCGCGCGCAUUCUGUGAUCAGGUCGAUUAUGGCAGAUAGGAGCUGGAUGGAGGAUUCACUUGGUCGCUCAUCAAAACUCGGACUUGAGGUGUUGCAGAGAGCUAAAAGACGGUCGGAAACCUUGAAGAGUGACAGAUUAUAUCACCGAAAUGAUUCUGGCACUGAGAAGCACACGGAGGUUCUGGAGCACCCUGCUGCCUGUAUGACUUUGGAUAAUGCUUUUACGAAAAUAGCAAUGUGCAUGUCUGAAACUAGCAAUCAAUGCAAGAAGUUUUAUAGGUCUGCAAGUGCAGAAGAGCUUUAUGAACAAGAUCGAGCCCAUGUGUGUCGCUUUCAUGCUAAGCGUCUUCUACAGACUUCAAGACAAGUUCAAGCCACUUCCUUAACCUCCAAAAGAGCGCAUUACACUGGUUUGUCCGAACCAGAGGAUUUCUUGAUUGAUGUAUCACCAGGUACAUAUGCCGUUACAGCAGCAAUGCAGGAUGCUGGUCCACAGACCCGAGUGGUGCACGUCAAUGCCGGGGAAAGCAUGAGACUCACAUUCAACCUCUGACUUCAGGUUUACUAUCCUCAGGGUUUAUGAAAUGUUUCAAAUACAGUGAAUCAUUUGGGUAUCUAAAAAGCAGUCUUAUAUCAUUGCACUAAAAUUAAAAAUGACCGAAUUUAAGCUCUUUGGUGCAUUUAAUGUGAUACAAAAUGUGCCUUUUAAUGUUUAUAUGUACUACUCAGGGAAGUUUCAUCAACAGGACUGAAUUAUGUGCAAUACAAUGUUUGCCUUUAUUUUGUGAAUUUUUGAUGCUUUUUUUGAUGUAUGAAUAAAUGUUAUAGUUUUUAUUUCAACAAUA